CGCCUUUAUUUUGUUUUGAAAGUGAUUUGAAUGUUUAGUGUUGGCCUAUUGACAGAUGAUGAAAUUGUUAAGUAAAUGAUGGCAUUGAAAUAAUUUCAAAAAAUAUGCAUUUGCUCAUUGUGCGGAAGUUUAUUUAUUUGUCAACAGGAUGAAAGUUUAAAUUAUUUAUUAAAUAUAAUAAAGUUUAAAAUCUAAUUUCCAAAGUCACGUGGUUUACUUUAAAUUAACCUAAAAAUGUUAUACUUGGAAUGCCUAAAAAGUUGUGUUAAUAUAAACAAAAAGGAAAGUUUAAAAUUAUUUUUAAAUAUUUUAAAAUCAAGAAAAACUAAUAAACCUAAUAUAUUAAUUAAACUGAAUAACGAAAAAUGUUAUUUUCGUUCAAGACAUAUGAUUUCACCUUUACACGAAACUAUUGGCACUGUACCUAUUUUAAAUUAUUUUUCACGUCUAAUUUCGAUCGUUCAAGUAAAUAACUAUAAAUAUAAUAGAGAAGAUUAUUCUUCGUAUUCAGAUAGCAGAAAUUCGAAAAAAUUGAUGUAUAUUUUCAGCAGCCUUUGUGUAGGAAUAGUUCUAACUGAUGGUUCUAAUAAUAGUAAAGAAAAACGAUUCUUCAAGGCAGCACAGUAUGGGAACAUUCAAGAUAUUAAAAGGGCUAUAGCUGACGGUAUUGAUGUUAAUUUGAAGCACCCUCUUGGUUGGACUGCUUUACAUGUUGCUGCAAUAAAUGGUAAUGCAGAAGUCAUUAAGUUCUUAAUAUCCAAAGGAGCUGAUGUUAAUUUAGGCGAUGAGUUUAGUAGUAUUUAUAAAACAGCUGUAGAGAAAGGAUUACAUCCAACAGAAGUUGCUGUAAAACGUGAGGAGGAAUUUUCAGACCAUUUAAAUAACAGAGCAUCUUUUAGAGGUUUUACAGCAUUACACUAUGCAACAUUGUCAAAUUCAAAAGAAUGUGUUCAAGUUUUGUUGGAUUCAGGAGCAAAUCCUUCAGUUCAAAGUGAACAAGGCUAUCGUGCUGUUGACUAUGCUAGAGAGGGCGAGGUUAAAGAAUUACUUAUAAAAUAUAAUAUCAAAUACGAUGAAAUAAUGAAAGAAAGGGAAGCAGAAGAAAGACGAAGAUUUCCUUUAGAGCAAAGAUUAAAACAAUACAUUGUUGGUCAAGAGGGUGCAAUUUCUGUUGUGGCUUCGACCAUUCGACGAAAGGAAAACGGUUGGAUAGAUGAAGAUCAUCCAUUAGUCUUCUUAUUUCUUGGCUCUUCGGGAAUUGGUAAAACGGAAUUGGCCAAACAAUUGGCUAAUUACAUGCAUAAAAAUAAACGAGAAAGCUUUAUUAGACUUGAUAUGUCUGAAUAUCAGGAGAAACAUGAAGUUGCAAAACUUAUUGGAGCUCCACCUGGAUAUGUAGGUCAUGAUGAUGGAGGUCAAUUAACUAAACAGUUGAAAAAAUUUCCAAAUGCUGUUGUAUUAUUUGAUGAAGUAGAUAAAGCUCACCCAGAUGUAUUAACUGUUUUACUGCAACUUUUUGAUGAGGGUAGAUUGACUGAUGGAAAAGGUAAAACCAUUGAUUGUAAAGGGGCAAUAUUUAUUAUGACAUCUAAUUUAGCAAGUGAAGAAAUAGCAGAACACGGAAUGCAAUUAAGAGAGGAAGCUGAACGUAUAAUUUCCCAAAGACUUGAAAAAAAAGAAAGUAAAGAUGAAGAAUUGGAACACAUUGAAAUUUCACGAAAUUUUAAAGAUGAAGUUGUUCGACCAAUUUUAAAAUCACACUUUCGAAGGGACGAGUUUUUAGGACGAAUCAAUGAAAUAGUUUAUUUCUUACCAUUUUCUCGAGGUGAGCUUAUACAGUUAGUUUCGCGAGAACUUGAAUCAUGGUCGGUACGAGCUAAAGAGAGACAUGGAAUAGAAUUAAAAUGGGACAGGGAAGUUUUGUCAGCAUUGGCGGAUGGAUAUGAUCCACAUUAUGGAGCCCGCUCCAUUAAAUAUGAAGUUGAAAGGAGAGUCAUUAAUCAAUUAGCUGCAGCUCAUGAACGAGGAUUAGUGAGUAAAGGAUGCUGUGUACUCUUGAAAUCAAAAUGGCACGAAAAUGGUGUUAGUAUUCAUUUAUCUGUCAAGCCUGCAGGAGGAAAGAAAUUUAAAGAUAUUAUCGUUACUGAUAGUUUAUUUAAACAAAAAUAAUAGCAAUUUCUACUGCUCAAAUGAAUUUUCUUUAGAAUCAGUACAUUGUAGAAUAAUUUUUUGAUGUUUUGAUUAAUAAAAUAAGGAGAGUAUUUGCAUAGAAAUAAAAAAUAUUUUUAUAUUACAAUCAAAUCAUUUAUGGUUUUCAAAGUGUAACGUGGUUAUUUAAUAACUGCGUCCAAAGUUAUUUUCUGUGAGUUGCUGACAACUAAAAUGUUUUGUAUCUUGAAAGUCAAAAAAUUAUGAAAUUAUUUAAUAAUAGUAAAUAAAAAACGAGGAUAAUUUGAA